GCCAUUUCCCUGCAAUAAAACUGGCACUGUACUCGCUAAUCCGGUGCCAAGUAUCUUGGAGCUGUACUCAGUCCCUGUACUGCAGCCUUCAUCCGUCUUUGUCAUUUGACACUUCUGGAAGUGUCAGGUACUAGAAUCCUCCUGUACUGUAGCCUCAGUCAGUCUCUUCCUCAUCUGACACUUCUGGAAGUCAGCAGUCAUCUCCUGUAUUGUCCACAGUCUCUGGUCAUCUCCUGUACUAUGUCCGCAGUCUCUGCUCAUCCCCUGUACUGUGUCCGCAGUCUCUGCUCAUCCCCUGUACUGUGUCCGCAGUCUCUGCUCAUCCCCUGUACUGUGUCCGCAGUCUCUGGUCAUCCCCUGUACUGUGUCCGCAGUCUCUGGUCAUCCCCUGUACUGUGUCCGCAGUCUCUGGUCAUCUCCUGUACUGUGUCCGCAGUCUCUGGUCAUCCCCUGUACUGUGUCCGCAGUCUCUGGUCAUCCCCUGUACUGUGUCCGCAG